AUGGCUGACAGCGACCACUCGGAUGACACGGCCGUCAACAGCUCACCCAGACAGUCUCCACGCCGCACUCGCACUCACUCUCGCCGACCCUCCUCAUCGCCGGGAACCCUCAGAGCGCCCCUCCACGCAGCUUACAGCCUCGUGCACGCCCUCGUCUACGCUCCCAUCGCUUGGUUCAGCUUUGCCUUCUACGUCUUGUACCAGGAAGCCAUCCGCUUCGUCUUUGCUUCGCGCGGCCCGCAUAUCCCUCGCGACAAGCCGUAUGGACGGAUUGCGAUCAUCGGUGCGGGCUUGACGGGCGUGUCGACGGCGGCGCACGCGGUGGAUCACGGAUUCGAGGUCGUCAUCUUCGAGGCCGAGCAGGGAGUUGGCGGAGUUUGGGCUCGCGAGAACUCGACGAGCCAGCUCCAGCUCAACUCGAUACUGUACCGCUUCCACCCGAGCGUCAAAUGGAGCCGAGGCUUCCCCAAGCGCGACGAGAUCAUCUCGCAAAUCAAGGCCGUCUGGGACCGCUACGGUCUCGAGAGCCGCACGCGCUUCGGGUAUCGCGUUACCAAGGUUACGCGGGACGAGAAGACGUCUACGGAUCCGCGGCAGGGCGGACAUGCGAGGUGGAUCGUCAAUGAUGGCAAGGAGGGCGUAUUUGACGCCGUUGUCUGCGCGCUCGGCACCUGCGGCGACCCGAAGCUCGUCGAGCUCGAGGGACAGGACUCGUUUGCGGGACAGAUCGUUCACUCGUCGCAGCUCGACGACGCAGACCUCGAGGGAAAGAAGGUCGUCAUCAUCGGCAGCGGGGCGUCGGGCGUCGAGGCGGCGGAAUUGGCGGUUGCGAAGAAGGCUGGCGACGUCGUCAUGCUCGCCCGGUCCGACAAGUGGGUGAUCCCGAGGAAUACCCUCGUCGACAUCCUUCUUUCGUUGCAGCCGUUCGGGCGUGAGAUGCCCCUCUCGUUCAUCCCCGAGUGGCUCAUCCGCAAGUUCCACUACCGCGACCUGCAGGACCUCUCGCCGUCGAGCAAGGGUCUCUUCGAGGGCACUCCAAUCGUCAACGACGAGUUCCUCCAGCACGUCCGGCAGGGCAAAGUCACGUACAAGCGCGGCGACACGAAGCGCGUCGUCCGCCAGGGGAUCCAGUUUGUCGAGCGCGAGCGCGGGACGAAGAGCGGCGACGGCGGGGACGAGACGCUCAUCUCUGCCGACGUCCUGAUCAUCGCAACGGGCUACAAGCGCCCUUCGAUCGACUUUCUCCCCAAAGACCUCUUCCCCACGGACGAAGACCGCUCGUACGCCCCGCCGUCGCUCUACCUGCAGAACUUUUCGACAGAGGACUGGUCCAUCCUGCUCACGAAUGCGUCGUAUCAGGACGGACUCGGCACGGUCGGCAACUGGCACAUUGGGCUCCUCGCGCGCAUCUUGUUCGUGUUCCUUUUGGACGAGUCGACCCGCCCAAAGCCGGCGGCGAUGAAGACCUGGGUCGACGUGAUCAAUUGGAUCAAGCGGGAGGCUUGGGGGGAAUCGUCGUCGGGGUUGACCUUCUUCACCUACUCGGAGAUGUGCCUCUGGAUCCUCGUCUUCCACUUCUUCAACCCUCGCCGGCUUCCUUGGCUCUUCUUCAUCCUCUUCGGCUUCGGCGUACGGCCCGGCACGCCGCACACCGCCUCGGUCGAGGGCAUCAAGCAUGCGGAGGAGGUCGCGGUCGGCAUUGGGAGGAGGGUGAGGGGUGCGGGGAGGUGA